UUCGUCUCCUGUCCGUCACGGCACACAUGCGGGUACACCGACUCCAUCCACACAACGAGGGAGGGGGCUGUACAAGCACACAAUGAUUGAGAAGUGACCCAGACAGUCAGUCCCCCAUUGUCCGCGGCACUCACACCCACACUUAGGCAACCCGCAGGACGCACAGAUACAAUCGACACGUAUAGAGGGAGGGAGAGAAGGGGGGAGGGCCAGAUACAGCACCAUCCACCGAUUGGCCUGACAAAGCGAUUUGUGGCGCCCCGAUGUGGCCCUGAGGCGGGCCGCCAUGACAAUGUCGGGCAGAUGGCCUCGGCUCCCGACAAACAAGUGGUUGACGGGGUGCUCCUGGUUGCCCGCCUGCAGAUCGCACACACACGUAACAAAGCAGAUCGAUACUCAAGCCAUAUCUGGUGCAUGGCGGUCGGUUGUGUCAGACGCACCUGCUGCUGAUGCUGCUCUUGCUGCGGGUGGCUGCGGGUCGAUGCGACGCCGUGGCGGCCAGGCGAGGCACCGUAUCUGCGCGCGCCACGCGCGCCACACAAACGAGACACAAUGACAUCAAUACAGUGCUGUGUUGGCGAUUCUACUGGUCUUCUGACAUGCUCACCCCUUUGGUAAUCUGUGUGUCGCCCCACAUGAGCCGCUGCAUGCUCAACGCCGUCAU